GCAUGCGUAGAAAUGCCGACGUGGCUGGCUGGUAGACUUUAAAGUUUAAACUUUUAGUCGCUUAAGUUUUAUUUUCUCUGUAUUUAACUCCGCCAGUUGCGAUGAGAGUGUUUCUCUUGGCUGCGCUGUGGGUGUGCGGCUCCUUUUCAGCCGACGAAGACGAGAGGCUGCCGAAUAAAUGCGAAGUGUGUAAGUUUCUGACUGUGGAGCUGCAGGAGGCUCUGGAGAAAACCGGUCGCUCCAAAGAAGUGCUGGAGGUGGGAGAAGUGCUGGACACGGGCAGGAGGAGGAGGAAGAUCAAAUACAACACCUCGGAGACUCGGCUGACUGAGGCUGUGGACAACAUCUGUGAGCGCAUCCUGCAGUACAGCGUCCACGCAGAGAGACCUGGGAGCCUCCGAUAUGCCAAGGGCACCAGUCAGACCAUGGCCACUCUGAAGAAUCUGGUGCACAAGGGCGUGAAGGUGGACCUGGGCAUGCCGUUCGAGCUGUGGGACGAGCCCUCUGUGGAGGUGUCGGACAUGAAGAAGCAGUGUGAGACGAUGCUGGAGCAGUUCGAGGAGGUGGUGGAGGACUGGUACUUCCACCACCAGGACCAGAGGCUGGAGAACUUCCUGUGUGAGAAGCACGUCCUCCAGCCGUCUGACAGAGAGUGUUUAAAGGAGAUGUGGAAAGGAGAAGUGGCCAACAAAGGAGGAUCCGAGGACGGGACGACUCCACAACCGCAGGAAGGAAAAGAAGAAGGGACACACGACGCGGGGGAACUUUAGAGAGAACACAAUGCUAAAGACAACGCUACACCUCCUGUUCAGAUGACCCAGGCUGAAAAAUUAACAGGAAGAGAAUAAAAUGAGGUACUGAGACUUGGGGGUAACUCCUGAAACGUGUGGACCUUCAUGAUGGGGAUGUGAGGCUCCACAUUAGGCUCUUAUUGUUUAUAUUGUGAAUCUACAUUGAAGUGUUUGAUAUGAAAUGUUACCUCUGUUACUCUCCUUUUGCCAUUAGUCUGCUACAUAGCAGUAUAUUUGUACUCUAAACUGCACCUUUUGAUAUGCACAGUAUUUUCAUGUUGAAUAAAAAUACUUUGUUUUUACACU